GAAUCAACACACUGUUCUGAGACUUUGAUUUUGACAAUUACCUAAAGUGGGGAUGCCUGCAGAUUUCAAUGGUUACUGGAAAAUGGUCAGCAAUGACAAUUUUGAGGAGUAUCUGAAAGCACUGGAUGUAAAUGUUGCUGUAAGAAAAAUAGCAAACUUGCUAAAACCUGACAAAGAAAUCCUUCAGAAUGGGGAUCAUAUGAUCAUUAAAACGCUAAGCACUUUUAGAAACUACAUCAUGGAAUUUGAUGUAGGAAAGGAGUUUGAGGAGGAUUUAGCUGGGGUGGAUGAUCGCAAAUGCAUGACCACUGUAUCUUGGGAUGGAGAUAAGCUUCUUUGUGUUCAGAAUGGAGAAAAAGAAGGUCGUGGUUGGACCCAGUGGAUUGAAGGAGAUGAAAUGCACCUGGAAAUAAGAGUGUGCGGAGUCAAGUGUAAGCAGGUUUUUAAGAAGGUACAGUGAGCCCACUGCUGAUACAGAAGUGAAGAACAGUAGAAUUUGCAGACUUACCACCACAUCUCCAAAUGCUAGUAAUGAACACCAUCAGUGACAAGAGCAAACACAGAAAUGAAGAUCGUAUUAGAACUGAAUAGUUAGAAUAAAAUAUUUUAACAAAUCAUUUUAAAGAAAUAACUGCAAAUAAAACUGUUUUUAGAAAUGCCAAUUAAAGAUACUAAACACUAUAAA